AUGAAAGAAGAAGAGAAAUUUGCCCUAGAGUGGGUUGGCACGAAAGAUGUCUACGAAGCACUCCGUCUUGAAACAAUUGGACGAGUGUACUCUUAUAAAGUGACCAAUCGCACUCUCGGUAAGGAUAAGGCACCCCUAUGCAUCGAGCUCAACAAACCUCCCUUGGAUCCAGCAUUUGAAGCAGAAAUGAAGGAGCUUCGUUAUGCAAUGCUCCUAUUGACAAUCAAGACUGACUUAGAAAAAUCGCACCAGAACGAUCCCAAUUGCGAAGUCAGUGCAUCAAAGGACGAAAAUGGGAAAGAAAUAACUGAUGAAUCUGAGGAUGAAGAAGAUGCAGAUACUAAUGAUGCUGAGGAUGCAGACGAUGAGGAUGAUGAUGACGACGAUGCUGAUGAUGAUGACAAUCAGAAUGGGGGUAACACGAAUAAUGAUGCUGCAAUCCCCGAAGAAUCCUCAUCACACAACUCUUCCUCCCGAAGUGAUGACAAAAGGGAAGCAUCACUCAAGGAUGACGAAACUUCAAACACUCAACCGGAAGACUUGUCUCGAGCUAUCGUCCCUCAUGUUCAACCUAUGGACGAAACUCCUAUCAAGAGAGUAGAUGGAACUCCUCGUGAUGACAAAAUGGAUGCCUCACCAAUCCUGAUAAGCUUUGCAAGUGGUGGCAAAAUGUAA